AUGGCGUCAGCCGGUGCCGCCGCAGCGUCGCUGCUGAAGCGCCAGCUCAAGGAGAUGCAGUCUGGCAAAGACCUCCCCGGCAUCUCAUGCGGCCUCGCCAACGACAACAACAUCUUCGAGUGGGAGGUGAUGCUCAUGAUCAAUGACGAUUGCAAAUACUAUGGCGGAGGCAACUUUCGUGCUCGUCUAGUUUUCCCUGAAAACUACCCUCACAUGCCGCCCCAGCUCACCUUUCAAGACCCCAUCCCGUUCCACCCCAACAUCUACGAAAACGGCAAGCUCUGCAUCUCCAUCCUGCACCCUCCCGAAGAGGACCAGUACGGCUACGAGUCCGCCGCCGAGCGCUGGAGCCCCGUCCAGACGCCCGAGACGAUCCUGCUCAGCAUCAUCAGCUUGUUCUACAGCCCCAACGAAGAGAGCCCCGCGAACGUCGAGGCGGCGAGGAUGCUGCGCGAGGAGAAGGAGGGGAAGCACAAGGAUUACAGGAGACGGUGUCGGAAGUGUGUGAGGGAGAGCCUGGGAGAGGACUAA